CGGCUGCACAACGUAGCCAUGCCUCCAGCGAUCGCGCGUCGCACCCGCUGUAAGCCAUCUGCCCGGGCCUUCCGCAAUGCUGCCGCCGUGAUGUGCUGCAGUCGUCUUCACAGUCCCGGCGCUAGUCGCCACGAGGAUGCUCCUGCCUCGAUGGAGGGAGAUCGUCAAGAGGGUCCCUGCGACGCCGCAGCCAACGUCACCGAGCAUGUCAGCUCGGCAAACCCUCCCUUUGCUGUGAACCACCACCGAACCAUCAGUCGCUACCCCGGUGGACCGACUCGUUUGCCUGGAAUGGCGCGCAGUGCCCUAGCCGACGCGUUUGCGCGCCUGCCCACCUCUGACUCGAGACUAGAGGCUCUGGAAGCUUUGAUGAGCGCAUUGUCGCCCUACGAGUGGAGGUUCGUCCAGUCUCUUGCCAUUGCACGAACCUUCCAGUUCGACAUCAUCGGACGCCUGCCCGUGGAGAUUGUUUCUCACAUCUUUUCGUAUCUUGACACGUCCACGCCGUGGCGACUGCAGCAGGUAUCUCGACGGUGGCAUCGGAAUCUGCGAAGCUUGGCUGUGCUCAAGCCCAGCCUCGACAAUUGGUACAAUGGCACGGUCAACCUCCAGGGUGUCGAUCUUGACUUUUGCUGGCGCAAAGCUCGAAGCAUCCACGCUUUUCGCAGUGCUUCACUAACUGCACUGCCUGACAGUAGUUUCAAGAUAUCAGCACAGUUUGCUACGUCAGAACAGGUCCUCAGUGGUGACCACCUGAUAUGGCUCUCUCGCGACCGCCGUCAAGUGCACGUGCUGAACCUCAGAUCGCUGACCUCCAAGACUAUCGUCCCUAUAGCCCGCGAGCUGCUUCGAACCGUCUUUGCGUCCGAAGAGCUGGUGAUGGUCACUGCAGACGCUGGCGGUGUCAUCUACGUUGACGAAUUGGCCGGUCAAGGGCCAGUCAAGAGGUUUCGUUUUGUCACUUCAAGCAGAAACUUUGCUGUCACGUGUCGAAAUCGGACAGUAGCUUGCACAGGGCUGCUACACGAUAGCAUACUCGUCUAUAUCUGGAACUAUGACACCCAGCAGGGCAAAUCAUUCACCAUCGGGAAGGACACGAGACUUCUCCCAGGGGUUCGGCUACAUCUCCCGACCCCUGCAUGCGAGCUGGGCUUACUCUUACAACCAGUUUCUGAGACUGUUGUGCUCUGUCUGUUCGUGCGAUCUCAGAGCCAGACAGAUAUGAUCAUUGAAAGCCCUCAACUGUUGUAUUACAGAUUCACAUACUCGGGCGAAUGCCUACACGGUGCCAAGCAGCCACUAGCAUUCCACGGAGCCGGCAACCCUACCGAGUUUGGCGACCGGAAGAGCAUGAAAUUUGUGCCCGCGAAUCACGAUGGGCUGUUCAUGCUGCAAUGCAACUCCUGGACAUUCGGCUCUGCUGUCAAGUCUAUCUUCACACUUCAAUUCGAUGAAAGACUGCAUACUUUUACAAGUCCCCGGCACCCCAGACUGCACCCUAUCGACAUGCACGAUCAAGGCAAUGUCGUUUGGUGGAAAGACACAUUCAUCGAGGCUGGGACAACAGGCCACAUUGUGAUUCAUAGAGGGAAUAUCUGUGAUCCGUGUGAGGAGACAAUAUUAGCAUAUGAGCCUUCCUCUUUUGUCCAAAGGAGUCCAAGAGAACAGCAGACGACUUCGAAGGAGCUCCUCGUCAACGACAGGUACAUGGUAAGGCCAUACUGCGAUGCAUUAUAUGUCUACUGCUACGAUCACACUGUGCACUUGCCAGGAAAGGAAGGUAUCUUGAAAGGUGUGGGGCCCUGGGAAAUAAUCGAGCCCAGGUUCGCGAGUGUGAGCGACUGUGUCAGGGCGAUGUAUGCGUGAUGCUUGAUGAAUACCGCAUAGGCUGUGUCGUGCUGGCAUACGGUUGCUCGUUACAAUUCUGUGACUCGAAGUACGAGUGAAAACAGAGGUCAUCAUUCGAGUGUCGAUAAACCAAUGAGUGAGAACGUAGAUGGUGUGUUCCCAGGUCGUCGAUCAAGACUUCCAGAAGCCUAACG